AUGUCCAUGAGCAUCCAGCAUGGACCUAUCACAGCUAUCCUGCAUCCCUGGAUGAGACCAUCACGUAGCACAACUGACGUGAUCUAUGCUGCCCGCCAGAUCCAGGAAAAUUACGAAGAACAUCGUCAUUACCUGUACAUGGCCUUCAUCGACUUUAAUAAUGCCUUCGACCCGGUCAACAUGAAAGGCCUCUGGUGGACCCUCAGCCAUUUUUGCUCUCCACCAAAAUUCAUGAUCAUUGUGAGGCAUCACCAUGAUGGCAUGAAAGGCAGUGUCCUGCACAAUGAAGGUCCGCCCAGUGCACCGGAGCUUGCCCGUCAUGAAGUAGCUUCCGUCAUCAGGCAGAUGAAAGAAAAGAAAAACACAGGACCUGAUCGCCAAUUAUUCACUGGCGACGACUGUGGCAUGCCCCAUUUCCUCACCUCCCUGGCUAAGAGUGGUGAAUCUCGUGCCAGCGACAUGUAUCUACUAAAUACGCCUAAGUCCAAAACCUCACAACAGUCCAACAGCUUCAAAACAAUCCUUAUAUCUCUCUACCUCAGCCACUGA